GAACUGAAACUAGUUAAGCUAUAUUAGGGAUGCUAAGACAAAAAUUUGCAUCAUUUUUCCUCCUACUCCUUGCUUUGUUAACUCACUUUGGCCUUCAUGUUGCCACCGGUAGAGGCAUAGGAGACAAGCAUUGUGGUUCUACUUUCUGUGGAAACCUUAACAUCAGUUUCCCUUUUGGAUUAAGAACCCAAGCCCAUAGCUGUGGUCCUAAUUUUAAUGGGGUAGAGCUAGUGUGUGAGAAUAACCGCACCAUUUUCCCUAUGAAAAAAGGGAAUUUCCUUGUUAAACACAUCUCUUAUGUCAACCAAACUAUUCUUCUCGUGGAUGCGAGUCUAGGGGAUGAUAACUGCUCCGUUCCUCAUAGUUCCUCCCCCUGGCUGAACCCAUCUUUAGGGGUACUAGGCCUAAAUAGAGCUGAUAUGAAUGAUCGUGGAGAGAUUUAUGUGGUAAAUUGCAAGACCAAGAUGAUAAACUCUUCGGCUAAUUACAUCGAUGCUUCUCGUUGCUCUACUUCUCCUUCAGAUGCAGCUAAUGGUUACUUUUAUUUUUUGCGUACUGAAGCUGCGCCCUCUGAUUUCCAUCCUUCAUGCACAUUUGAAGCAUUGGUUCCAAUUACGCCUUCCGAUAUCACUGGCGUCUCUACUUUUGAUAUUUACCAAAGGUUGUUGAAGGGCACCCAAUUCAAAUGGUACUUUCCUAAUGAUUCUAAGGUUGGUGAUGAUGGUUGGCAGCAAUGGAACUCAGUUUCUCACGUAGUGGGAUCGUUGUUCUUGGGGUUGAUGUAUGGGAUUAGCUUAUAUAUACGAAGCAACACGGCCUUAAUUCUCCGUGGCACUUCUAUAGAGGGUUACUUCGUUGAUGCGCCUAGUAGAGGAGUACAGAUUUUGUGUGUUACAAUAACAGGGAUUAUAUUAGCUCGAACACUUUUGGGGAUAUCUUGUUUGGCUGUUCUUAUUAUACGAAAAUUAAGAAGAAGACAUCUGUUGGUAGAUGAUUUGAUUGAGAACUUUCUUCAAAGUCAAACCAAUUUUAUGCCUAUAAGAUAUUCAUAUGCUGAAUUAAAGAGAAUAACAGGAGGUUUCAAGGAUAAAUUAGGUCAGGGAGGUUAUGGUACUGUGUUUAAAGGUAAACUUCGAAGUGGUAAUCUCGUUGCAAUAAAAUUGCUAAAGGAAUCAAAAGGUAAUGGCCAAGAUUUUAUCAAUGAAGUAGCAACUAUUGGAAGGAUUCAUCAUGUGAACGUGGUGCAACUUAUUGGAUUUUGUGUGGAGGGAAAAAAACAAGCUCUUGUUUAUGAUUUCAUGACAAAUGGGUCGUUAGACAAAUUUAUAUUUUCAACAGGAAAUAACAGCUUGAGUUGGCCAAAGAUGUUUGAGAUAGUACUUGGAGUGGGUCGGGGCAUUGAAUAUUUACAUAAUGGUUGUGCCAUGAAGAUUUUGCAUUUUGAUAUCAAGCCACAUAACAUUCUUUUAGAUGACAAUUUUAAUCCAAAAGUUUCAGAUUUUGGUCUCGCAAAAUUAUAUCCAGUGGAUGAUAGUAUUAUUUCUCUCACAGCAGCACGUGGUACAUUUGGAUAUAUGGCUCCUGAAUUGUUUUAUAAAAAUAUUGGAAAUAUCUCGUAUAAAGCUGAUAUUUAUAGUUUUGGAAUGAUGCUAAUGGAAAUUGUGGGACGGAGAAAAAAUUUGAAAGAUUCUGUUGACCAUUCAAGUCAAAAUUAUUUCCCUACAUGGAUUUAUGAUCAAUUUGAAUUAGGGGAGAACAUGAAGCUUGAAGACUUGAGUGAAAAUGAAACCCAAAUUGUGAGGAAAAUGAUAAUUGUAGCCUUUUGGUGCAUACAGACGAAGCCCAUAUAUCGUCCUUCAAUGACCAAAGUUUUGAAUAUGCUUGAAAGUGAAGAUGAACUCCUUGAAAUACCUCCAAAGUCUUUAGUAUUUUCUAUAGAUCUGUCAAGUAGUAAUUAGUAAUUAAGAAUUCAAUAGAUAUGGGAAUAUAAUGUAUUGCAAGUUAUGCAAUGUUUCAAUGGUCUUAUUUAAUUUUUAUUUUUAUUUUUGAACAAUCUCAUUAUAUGUUUUGACCA